AGACUCUGGUUGAUAGGAAAUUAUAAUUGCUUUCUACUGAACCAUGACACAGGAAUAUUCAAAAGUCGAAGAAUCAAUUUUACAAAUUUCUGAACUUUCCGAAUCGACACAAGUGAUGUUGAAAGAAAUGAACAUGACCGUGGCUUCAAAAAGAGCAACAUAUCCUUGGAAAAUAGGAAAACUCCAAAAGUCAAUAUGUGACCUUGAAUGCGCGCAACUAGAAAAUUAUGAACCAGUGGUUGGGAGCUCGGCUUUGGACAUAAAAGAUAAUUCUGUGGCCAUUUCUACUGCCAUGAAACAAUACAAAGCGUUAAUAAAACAUAGGAGCCAGGAUGGAAAACAUGAUGAACUGAUCCAGCAUGCUAAAACUCUCAGUCAGCUUCAAAACUUACCUGUUGUGGAUCUACAUGCAGAAGUUGUGGUACAUCCUGAGCCUCUACCUGUCAAUAUGGAAACUGAUAUUUGAGAACACCAAACAAACCAUAGUCCAUACCAUCACCAUGCAUAGAUAUAGCAAAUGUCAUAAGACAUAAAGUGCUGUUCAUGAGAACAGUUGGUUAAUCUUCUCAUUCUUUUUUUAAUGUAAAAGGUUAUAAAUCCUCAGUUUUGUUUAUAUAUAUAUAUAUAUAAUAUCAUCUUGCUCUUUCAUAGUUUUUCAUUCUUAGUAUAUACAUUGUAACAGUUUAUAUAUUAAAAUAUUUGAGUAGUAAAAAGUGCCCAACUUGUAAAAUAUCUGUAAGAUUGUGGAAAUUUCCGCCAUAUUUUUAUAAAACAUUACAUUAGAUAAAUCCAAUGGUAGUUUACCAGCUGUUCUAAGAGAUAAGACAUUAUCUUUGCUAAACAAAACGUACCUAACUACACUGUGAGAGAAAUAAACUGUAACAUACUCUG